AUGUCUGAUGUUGCGUCUUUAGAGGCCGAGGUCAAAGAAUUCAAGGUCCAGCUUGAGACAGUUCAAACAGGCUUGCAAGUAGAACCCGAUAAUGCCGAGUUGCAAAGUCUCAAGACUGAACUUGAAGAACUCAUAACCCUCACCGAAACGGCGAUCGCCGAGCUUCAACCCCCCGCAUCCACAUCGGCACCGGCAACCAAGUCUCAAUCUACCCCCGCACCAUCCCGCGAUACAUGGUCAUCGAAAGAUUCGAGUGCUCGCUCGGGACAACCUCAUUCCACCCGUGCGGAAGACACCACCGUCACGGCGCCAUCGCCCGUCAUCACCUUCUCCGUCAACGACCAGGUCCUCGCCCGCUGGGUCUCCGGCGACAAUGCAUUCUACCCGGCCCGCAUCACUUCCAUCACCGGCUCCUCGAGCAACCCGGUGUAUCUGGUUUCAUUUAAAUCCUACGGGACUGUUGAAAAUUUAACGGCCAAGGACAUCCGCCCCAUCGCGGGCAGUGACACUCGCAAGCGCAAGGCUGAUGGAACUUCAGGCAGUUCAGCAUCUCCGUCGCCCGCUCCACCCUCGACGUCGCACACCAAUGUGAUUUCUGCAGCGGCUGAUAUUGAUCCCAAUCUUGCCAGCCAGGCCCGUCAGGAUCCUGGCAAAGCAGGAGACGGCUCUGGUCGGCCCGCCAAAGCCGCGCGCAAGGUGAAGGCCAACAAGGAACUGGAAGAGGGCAAAAAUAAAUGGCAAAACUUUGCAGCAAAGACCAAGGGGAAAUACGGGAAGAAGGACAGUAUGUUCCGUACAGGGGACUCGGUGAGCGCUCGAGUUGGGUUUACGGGUUCGGGUCAGCAAAUGCGCAGAGAUCCCACGCGAACACGCCACGUCUAUCAACAAGCUGAGGACGAAGGCUAUUAA